GCAGUUUCCGGUCUAGUAAAAACACGAAAAAUACGAGUCAAUGUCUCUUGGUUAGUUAAAAGAAAAAAUGACAAUUAUAAAUCAAAUUGCAACCAUCUCAAUAAUGCAUGAAUUUGUAUUGAAAGACUCUACCUUCUGUAACACCUGUGUUACAUAACUUUUUAUAUUGAAUAAUACAAAUUAUUUGGUAGAAUUAUUUGUACAAAAGAAGGUUUAGUUAGAAAUUGGUCAGAAACUGGUCAGAAAUUGACUAGUUUUAUCGUCCGUUUAUCCGUAACCAAAAUAGAAAAAGAAUCGCUCUUUCUGUUUGGGUCUCGACGAUUCUCUGUACAAAACAUUCGAUUGUGAACUUGCAACUUUUUAUCCAACAAUCUUUUGAAACAUUUUGCCAAGCUUUUGUAGCUCGUAAAACUUAUCAGGUUUUCAUGCAGAAAAUCGCUUACGCACAACAUAGAGAAAACACCACGACGUUUCAAAAACUUACGAGCUGUCUGUUUGUCGCGAGUCGGAAAUUAUUGAUAAAAGUAUCUGUAAGUAGAAAUAAAUCCGCCGAUAAUACUAAAAUAAUCUGCCUAGGGCGCCUCGGACGCUAAAGCCGUCACUAAGCACGUUGUGCUUGGGGAGAGGGAGGAGAGAGAAACCCGCCGGUUGCGCUAAUCCGAUUUUUCCGUCUCGCCGAAAAUUUAGCGGCGCGCGUCGCACGGCAGGAGAGAAACGUCUCGCCUUCCUCCGGCCGCGUUAAUCGAUUUCUAUUAGCGAGAAGCGCCGCCGUGAAGCCGCGAUGCGCCGCUACCGCCACCGCUGUUAACGAUAAUCUACGCGAUAACGACCGAGAAAGUCUGAAGCUUCGUUUCAGUUUCGGUCGCGCAACGGUUAUCUCGCCGCGACAUCGUGCAGCCGGAGUGUACUAUCUAUACCUCUCACGGUCGAUGAAGUCGAGCAUCGUGACUGCAAGGGCAAGUCACCAGACUAAACCGAUACGAUGACGGUGAUUGACGAAAGCGCGAACUUAGGAAUAUAACGAAGCCGGGUUUUCGAGAUUGGCCAUCAUCUGCAGAUACCACGAUGGACGCCGAGGCAGCGUUGUUGGAGAACUCGCCAACCUUGUCGACGAUCUCGUCGGAUUCCACGGACGCGACGUAUUCGGAACCGGGCUCGCCCUAUUCCCCGGAGUCGCCGAUAAUUGUCACAUCCUCCUAUAAAAAAAAGCGCGACGAUGAGGUCACACCCAGACCAACGCCCAGACACCCACUACCAACCAGGAAGCCGAGCUUCCGGAUACGACCGCCCUACCUCAUGAUCUGCAUCAGCAUCAUCGAGAUAACCGUCCACUGCCUGGGAGACGAGGCGACGUUACGGAGAUGGCUGGUCUACGAUCCCCGUCAGAGGGUGCAGGGCUGGAGGUUCGCCUCCUACAUGCUGCUGCACUCGAACGCACUUCACCUCGCACUCAACGUGGUCAUUCAGCUGGUCCUGGCCACUCCACUCGAGGUGGAACAAGGGCGAAUAGGGGUUGCGACGAUCUACCUGGGCGGCGGGGUGUGCGGCGCUCUGGGCGCGUCGCUUCUGCAGCCGAGCCUCUACCUGGUCGGCGCCUCGGCGGGUGUUUACGCGCUGCUCACGAGCCACCUCGCUCAUCUCUACCUGUGCCACGGCGAGCUGCGCUACGCCGGCUGGCGCCUCGGCGCCGUGCUGCUGUUGGCCGGCGCGGACGUCGCGUCACUGCCGAUCCCGGCGCUGCUCGGAUGCGGCCGGGUCGGAUGGGCGGCCCACGUGGCGGGCGCGCUGGCGGGCCCGCUGCUGGGUCUGGCAGUGUUCCCGAAGCAGAGCAAGAAGGACGCCCGGGGUCGCAGGUUCGUGCGAUUCGUGCGGCUGCUGUCGGCCGUGAGCGUGAUGCUGCUGAUCGUCGGCGCCGUCCUCGGAAACGUCUACCUGAUCGCCCUGCCGCAGCUCAGAAAGCCGUCCUGACAGAGGAUCGAGCUGCUGGUCAAGCUCUGCAAACGCUCCUUCCUGAUCGUGAAGAUCCGGGAAGCCGCCGAGAGUGUGUUCGAGUAGGCUCGCGUUGACGCGCUCGACCGAUCGACUCGACACCACGCGAGGCCGCGGCGAGAAUCCCGAGAAGCCUCGCUCGUCAGGUGUCAAUGGACAUCUCGUGUUCUCAUCCCUCGGAUUUCACGCGCUCUUGUCGAUCCUGAGACGAUCUCGGCGCGAUCACGCGCGGGAGAUUAUCCUCUGCUUUUCAGCUCGUGGACGUGGACUUCCUGACGGUACACCGACGCGUUCACCGAUGCGGGAGAGGUGUUUGACGAUGAACAUUACGCUCAUGUGGAUCGACGGCGGAAGACACCAAAGAUAUACCGACAUUUCGUCGAGUUUGUUCAUGCUACUCGCUGCCACUUAGAAUGCCUAGGAUCUCGAGGACUCGAUCGGCUGUCUGAGAGUGAACGCAUACCGUGUGACCCUUCAUGCGCCAGGUACACUUUGAUAAAUUUGAUAUUGCCAACAUCAAUAAGACACGCAUAUACACAUAUACAUACAUAUACACAUCCGUCGCGACUUUUUUACGACGUGAGAAGUUUGAGAAAGAGACAUUCGUCAACAGCGAUCACCUUUCCGUAGACUCGGAGAAAAAGAUGCUUUAAGAUUUAUUUGUGGAAUGUACAGUUUAUUCGCCAAAAUAAUAAUUUCCCGAUAGACUGACUUAAACUUUACAAGAAGUAUUAAGAACCACAUUAAUAGUUGCAUCGUUGUCUGAAACUUGUCUCAUAUGAGAUACUCAGAUUUUCAUUCACAGUCAGCUUCAAGUUUUUCAGUUGAAUUAUAACAUGCGUGACAUUUAUAUCUAUGAUCGCGCGAUUCAACUGAAAAUCUCUGAAUUAAACUCUGAAUUAAAACCUUACUUGUACUUAAGUACCUUACUUAAGUACCUUAAGUACCUUAAGUACCUUACUUGAGAUAAAUUUUAAGUAAUAAUUAUUAAAUAUAAUAACGUUAUAUAUAUGUAAUAUACGGGCCUAAAUAUAUUAAUUCAGCAACUUUCAGUUCUUUAUGACUGAUCAGAUUACACUCAUAUUUAUCACAUAGAAAUACGAAAGAAAUUUCUCAGAAUUUGCUCCAAAUAAAGUGUUAUAUUAGAUGUAACAUGAAAAUAUGAGUAUAACUUUUAAUAAAUUUGUUGCUGCAUCAAUACAAGAAUUUACAUUAUUGUAUGAUGUCGAUUUAAUACUUACUUCAAUACGAUAUAUUUACUUCAUGAGUGUAAUUAAAAAAAUUGUUCCAUCAUCGAUUGUCCCAUCCACUUCGUGAUAAUCAUAGUCCGUCUGGGAAACUUCAUUUCGCACAAAUGGAACUUUGUUUCGUAGAAGUACACUUUAUAACCCACAAAUAGAUGUUCAAGUAUUCUUUUACUCAGUGUGUGCAUGAAUAUAAAAAUAUUUAAUGAUACAAUUCGUAAUGACACUUCUCGUUAUAUCGAUCUCGCUAUAUAUUACCGAGGCGGAAAAGACUAUGAAAGUGGAAUGUGUGUAUAAUAAAAUUAAGAGAAAUCACUACGAUACAUACAUAUAUUAUAUAUAAGAAGCCGAACGCGCGCGUUAUUGGUUCGCCCGGCGACGACGAACGCGCGAUCAUUGCGGGACACGUGAAGAGCAAUUUAUUUAAGUAACUGUGAAAUAUAAAAGGCCACGAGAGCGCGGGAGGACGAGAUUGUUAUGGCGAUUGUCGCGGGCACGUUGAAGUACUAUAAUAACGUCGCUGUUUGCCGACGUUGGGGGGAGGCAAUGAGGCACCUUCAUCCUUUCCCAUUAUUCGUAUUAGCAGUCUAGCGUGUACGAGAUAUGUAAGGAGAUGUGUAAAAUAAAAUGAUCGCUAUAUUACCGUA